ACCUUGGAAUGAGGUACUAGAGCGAGUCAGGCGUGCUAUCAACCAUUCUUUCUGUCUCUUUCUUCUGAUUCUAACUCUGUGAGUCCACUUACACACACAACUGUGAAAAGGCUUGACACACGAACAAGGGAGAAGAGACAAUGAAGCUACUCAUACUGGUGCUUGCAUUGUUAUGCGUUGGGAUCGUCAAAUCGGCUAUCAAGCCUCCACCGUUUGGUUGCCGGCCGCGUGACCCGUUCCCGUACAAGCUGGGUUGUUACCGCGGGUAUGUUGGGAAGCAGAGGUAUUUGCUGAACAAGCUACUGUUCACUGACCGAGAUCCGUCUAGCCGUGUCUUCUCCGGACAGACAAUAAACUGGAGGAACUGGAAGACGUACGUCAAUGGAUUAGCGUGUCGAUGUGCAAAAGCGGCAUACAAUAAAGGUUACACCAUGUUUGGCUUACAGUUCUACGGCGAGUGCUGGAGCGGCCCUGUCGACAUUCAGAUCAGCAGAUCGAACCUUAAUUUUGCCUAUAAGGCUAAGCCUGCUAAGUGCGUCCAAAACUACCACCAGAAAUGCCAGCGAGGUAACCCGUACUUCGCAUGUGUAGGAGGCGCAGGAGCUAACUAUUUGUACGUUGCUUUACCCGCUGGACGCAUCGAGGUGUGAUAUGUCGGACAGAGAGAAUGUAAUGCAUAUGUAAAGUAGACAUUCAUUCCAAAAGUCUGUUUAUGCAUUUAAAAUAAUAAAAAGUCAUUACUCAUUUCA